CAAUGCCAGGCCCAGCAAAGAAGAGAUCUUAAACAGCACUACAGUUAUCCCUGUUCCCGAAGAGAUGCGUUAUCGUCAUGGCAAUCAAAGUGCCAGUGGCUAUGUUUUGUUUGUCCCAGAAAAUGAAACCACUGAAGCAGACACUGUUUAUUACAUGGGGAUCACUUUAUUUAAUACCAGUGAUUCUGGGAACAGGCACCUUGAUGUUAAUGAGAGUGUCCAACUUCUGGUCACAGUCCAUUCCAGUGCCUGUCUGUUCUGGGAUGAGCAGAAAGAAAUCUGGAGUAGUGAAGGAUGUAAGGUUUCUCCUCUCAGCACAGCUGUCACGUUACACUGUGUCUGUCAUCACAUGACUGUGUUUUCUGGCAGUUUCUCUAUUCUGCCUAAUGCCAUUGAUAUUGUGGCAGACUCUGCUCUGUUCCUGACUUUACUGGAGAACCCAUUGGUGGUGAGCAUUGUGCUGUGUGUAUGGGGCAUCUACCUGGCAGUUGUUAUCUGGGCACGCAAGAAGGACAGGGAAGACCUACUUAAGGCUGGAGUGACAGUGUUAGAAGACAAUGAUCCAGAGCACAAAUAUGGCUACCUAAUUACUGUCAUCACUGGCUGGAGGACAGGGGCAGGAACCACAGCUAACGUGGGUUGUUUUAUAACAGGUGAAGAUGGUGAAAGUGACUGUCAUGUCCUGAGUGAUCCCAGACGUCCAGUAUUUGAGAGUGGUGGCGUGGACAGUUUCCUACUGACCUGUGCCCAGUGCCUGGGUGACCUCGUCUCUGUCACCAUCUGGCACGACAACUCUGGAACUGCUCCUGCCUGGUUUCUGGAGAAGUUGACAGUGAGGGACCUGCAGAGAAAUGAGGUGUGUGAGUUCCUGUGUAACCGCUGGCUUGCUCUGGACCUGGACGACUUCUGCAUCCAGCGUACACUGCGCCCUGCCUCAGUGGAGGAGAUGAAGGAUUUCUCAUACCUGUUCUCCAGUAACAGUGGCUUCAGCAUGAGGGAGAAACAUCUGUGGGUCAGUGUGUUCUCUUGUCCACCAAAUUGUCCUUUCACAAGAACCCAGAGACUGACCUGUGCUCUGACCCUUCUUCUGACCACCAUGCUGACCAAUAUCAUGUUUUAUGGCAUCCCAACUGAUGACCCUGAAGACCAAUACCAG